UGCACAUUGGACUGCGUGAAAGGGAGAAUCCCCUCUCUUGGUCGUGCUCUCCUCCGUGGAAUCUUUGGAACGAAGACUACCCAAUUCCAUCCUUCCUCUUCCCCAUAUCUCAUGGCCUCCUCCAACGCCGCCGCCGCCUCCGAUCCCUUGUCCAGCACCCCUUCCCCACGCGCCGCCCGGCCCGGCCGCCAUCCCCGCUCGCACCUCGUCCCCGGCGAUCCUGAGGCCCCGUCCUCUCCCUCCUCCACGCCGUCCCCGCCUACGGCCGCUGCGAUCCCCUUCCCGGACGCCUUGGAUCGAUCCCCCCAAAGGCCGCCGGUGGAGGACGUGGCUCCGUCCUCGUCGGACGCCGCUCGAGGGAAGAAACCGGCCUUAUGAUGGAUAUCGUAGGAAUGCUGGUGGGAGAGAUGCCCACAUUCCGCACCGGGGUGCCAGGCCUUACCUCAGGCUGCCUGUGCCACCUGUAGCACCCCCAUUCCUCACCUCUCCAUCGCAGGUCCGUCCUUACCCGAUGGUAUUCCCUGAUAUGCAUUCUCCUGUCUUUUAUGUUGCCACUCAGCCACCUCCUGGAGGUGUGCCCUUUGUUCCUCAUCCGGCACUUCCACCUGCAGUAUUUAUCCCAACUAUUGAUCCACAGCGUGCUAGUCUUUUGAAGCAGAUAGAUUACUAUUUCAGCUCCGAUAAUUUAUGUAAAGAUGUUUUCCUGCGGCAAAACAUGGACGAGCAAGGAUGGGUUCCAAUAUCCUUGAUCGCUGGAUUCAAUAGAGUGAGGCAAUUAACAAACAGCAUUGACUUUAUAUUGGAUACAGUGCAGUUAUCAACUGAAGUGGAAGUACAGGGUGAGAAAAUAAGGAAGCGUAAUGACUGGAUGAAUUGGGUUCUGCCACCAAAUAACAACCAAUUUGCUAAUAUUUCCAGUCAGUCUCCAGCAACACCAAACUCUGAUAAUCUGUAAGCUUGCGUGCAAUCUGUUCGACUAGAGGGAGCUGCUGACUGGAGUAGCAUGAGUAUACCAAAUCUUAGCGAGGUGUUACUAGUAGAUCAGCAUCUAGGAUCCUGAGCAAUUAGUUGCAAGUAGCUAUGAGAACCGUAAAUGAAAUGAUACUGGGCAAGUCAUUGGACACUGAUCAAGGUUGAUUGGACCAAAUCUGGAAGCAGCUUAGUCAGGAUUAAUGUGUGAUGAAGUUCAUCCUUCACAGAUGGAGGAAUGGAGUUCUAUUGGUUGUUUGUAAGGUUAAGGUCUACGUUUGCUGUGCCAGAAUCUGCCAGUUUUGCCUCAGGUUGAAAGGGAUAAAUUACAAAAAGAAAAAAAAAACAACAGAAAAUUAUAAAAGAAAGAAAAGAAAAGAAUUGAAGAGAAAAAGGGAAACAUAGAUAGAGACUACAAUUAUGAGGUUUCUACACAUGGGCAAAUGGUGCUGAUGGUGAUAUCUUAUCACCAUCUUCCAUCAUUAUCUCAUUUCUGAACUGUUCCUCAUUUUAUUUUUGGUUGCAAACCUUUUCUUUCUCCAUAAAGAAGGUCCGAACUAUUCUCAUUUUUGAGUUCCUGAGGAUUUGGAUAUUGGUCAUUCUGAACUUAAGCGACUUUUUCAUUUUCCUAAUUUGUUUGUCCUCUUUCAUUAAAAAGAAACAUAUUAUCACGACACUAUUACUUCUUUUCAGUAUCAUUUGAGGAAUUUUGGUGUUU